GGCAAAAUUUCGAGCUCGGUCACUCUCACUCUGGUUGUUGCAGAUUCUCCCGUUGCCUCAUGCGUCCGUGUAUCCCAGCAAAAGGCGUCUCGUCUUUUGUUGCCUUUUACUCCUGUUCUAGGCCUGCCCAACGGUCUGGCACUUCCUCUUUGUCCUUCUACCGAUCAAGAUGUAUUCACAAUCUACCUAAUUCUGCCCACCGUUUCCCCUGCCCGAGGCGCCUUGCUGAACGGCGGCACUUUCAUGCUUCCCCACUAUCCGGCGCCCCCAAGGAUCCAUACAAAGUUCUCGGGGUGAAUAAGGAUGCAACAGCGGCUGAAAUCAAAAAAGUCUACUUCUCUCUUGCUCGGAAAUACCACCCAGACACUAAUCCUGACGCGAGUGCACGGGACAAGUUCGUUGAAAUUCAGGAAGCUUAUGAUGUGUUGAAAGACGAAAAUAAAAGAGCUGCCUAUGACCAGUAUGGCUCCACGUCGCAGCAGCCAGGUUUCGAUCCAAACUCGUUCUCUCAAGCAUUCCGUAAUGGACAGGGAUUUGGUGGAUUCAAGGACUUUUCCUCUGCCUUUGGUCCCGAUGUCGGUGGCGGCUCGAGUUUCUUCGAGUCCCUGUUCGGCGCUUUGAAUAAUGGCCCUGGGAGUCGACAACGGUCGCGCGGUGAAGAUUUAGAGGUCUCAGUCGGAAUAACCUUCAUGGAGUCAUGUAAAGGGACAAAACGCAGCGUCAAGGUUUCACCUGUUGUCGAUUGUCUGACUUGCUCCGGCCUCGGUCUAAAGCCAGGCGCUAAACGUACAACAUGUACUGCUUGCAGUGGUUCCGGUACCCGGACUUUCGUUAUCGAUAGUGGUUUCCAGAUGGCUAGCACAUGUCCGUCUUGCUCUGGUGUUGGAAGUACGAUACCUCGGGGCAGUCAGUGCGGUUCUUGCGGAGGAGUGGGCAAGGUCCGAGCACCUCAGACCAUUCAAGUCGAUAUACCGCCAGGCGUCGAGGACGGAAUGACUAUCCGUGUUCCGAAAGCGGGAGAUGCACCAGUAACUGGAAAGGGGACGCCUGGUGACUUGUUUGUGCGGGUCAGUGUUGCCCCGUCGAAGCAGUUUACACGACAAGGAGUCAACCUCUUCCAUGAGGUUAAGGUACCGUUCCACACCGCGCUUCUUGGUGGUCGGGUACGGGUACCUACCAUUGAUGGUGAAGUGGAUGUCCGACUACCCGGCGGCACACAACAGGGAGAGGAGAUGGUACUGAAAGGACGUGGAGUCCCAGAAGUUCGAAACGGUCUUAGUGGGGACUUGUAUGUUACCUUCUCGGUGGUCCUUCCCAGAUCGCUCUCAAAACGACAACGCCAACUGUUGCAAGAAUACGUGGACGAUGUUGAAGGUCGACCAACUUCCAAAGAUAGCAAGGGAAGCAAUAAGGCUUCUCAGUCUUCAAGUUCGUCACAAGCACAAGGGACAGGAGGUCAUGAUAAUGGUAUGCCUUCUUUUACACAUCAGUCACCCUCACAAGGUGGCUUGGUGUUUCGUGCGUGGCAAAAAUUACGAGGACUCAUUGGGUUUUGAUUUUUACUGGCAUGUCUUCUAUCCUUUGCCAACGCACGCCUUCGUGUUCUUAUCUGCACUCCUACGCUAGUAGUCGCCGCUGAGGACACUCCGAGAGAGGUAGACAAGGGGGCGAAGGAGGUAGACAAAGGGGCGAAGGAGGGCGAGGACGAAGAUCAGGAGAAGAAGAGGGCGACGGCGUGAUAAUUAAAAUUUUAGAAU